AUGGAAUCCUACGGCGAGGUCUCGCCACCGCCGCCGCCGCCGUCGCAGGGGUGCGGCGCGGGCCACCGCGCGUCCGACUCUCUCCCGACCUCCGCGGGCGGCAGCGUCUGCGUCUCCUGCGCCGCGGCCCUCCUCUCCUCCGCCUCCGCGCCGUCCCACCACGUCUCCCACGUGCUCGCCACCCUCUCCCUCGCCCUCGCCGACCCGGCCUUCCUCGCCCCGCUCCGCGCCGCCCACCCGCGCCUCCUUGCGGCGCCUCUAGUCGACGCCCUCGCCCGCGCCGCCGCCAGUCGAGACGACGCGCUCGCCACGCAAGCGUCCGACCUCGCCGCCGACCUCGCGUCCGCCGUCGGCGCCCCUGCCGCCUCCGAGCUCAUCGCCCGCCUCGCGCGCCUCCUCUCCUCGGGUUCCCUCGUCAAGCACCUCCACACGCUACAUUGUUUGGGGAUCUUGCUAAAUUCCAUCAAAGAUGCUGCUUCGUACAUUGGAGAUGAAUUCUCCCUUUUCUUGAACCUUGUUAACGAUCUUCAACUACCAAGUGAUGAUAUUCGUGGAGAGAUACUGUUCCUGCUCUUCAAACUCUCUCUGUUAAACGCCACCCCAUGGGACAAUAUAUGUGAUAAUGACAAUGUAGACCUUUCAGCAAUUGGAAGAAGCUUGCUUCAACUCUGCCUUGAAGUUCUACUGAAAACUCAAAAUGAUGCUGUUCGUUUGAACUGUAUUGCAUUGCUCCUUACUUUAGGAAAAAAGGAGGCUUUUGAUACUUUCCUGCUUGGCGAUCAGAGUUUAAUCACGUCUGUAGAGUCAGACAAGUCCACACAGAUGGACGAUGUGCCUCUGAAUGCUUCUAUCGUAGUUCUAUUUGCUGAUGCUGUGAAGGGAUCUCUUCUCUCAACGAAUCUAGAAGUACAGACAGGGACAUUGAAUUUAAUCUUUCAUUUCCUGUCAUCCGAUGCAAAUAUUCAUGUUCUACUUGAAACUUUGAUAGAUGAAAAUGUUGCAGAUUAUGUAUUCGAGGUUCUGAGGUUAUCAGGAAAUAAUGAUCCACUGGUUAUUUCCUCUAUUCAAGUACUAUCACUGUUAGCCACUUCAGAGGAGCGGUUCAAGGAAAAGCUUGCCAUUGGAUUUUCCACUCUGCUUCCUGUUCUUAACUAUGUUGCAGAGAUUCCAUUUCAUCCAGUCCAGUCUCAAGUUUUACGACUUGUUUGGAUUUGCAUUGUUAAUUGUUCUGGUAUCCUGUCGUUGUCCCAAGAAGAACAGAUAGCAUGCACUAUGACUGUAAUAUUGAGAAGAAAUGACAAUUGUGAACUUGGAAUGUGUUCUGAAACCUUUGUUCUUGUUUGCUCAAUAUUAAUAGAGAUUCUGAGGUCACCAUCUGCUCAUGAUAUCCAGAGGUUACCAUCAUUUAUUGAAGAAUCAUCAAAACAUGCUAUCUCUUCGACGUUACCUCAUGGGGAUAACUGUGCGUUCCUCGUACCACAUUCCCUUCGUCUUCUGAAAGAAGCACUUGUAUUCUGCCUCGAAGGGAAUAAAGAUAAGAUUUCUGUUGAGAAAGAUCUUGAGGAUAGCAUCAUUGGAAUUUGUGGAACAUAUUUAUUGCAUUGGCUUGAAAGUGCUGUUGUUGAUGGUAGUGAUGAUGAAACAUUGGGAGAAAUCCUUCAGAUUUUCCAUAUUAUUUUAUCAAGCACAUCUCCCAGUAAGCAACUCAAGUUUGCUGAGAUGCUUGCCUCAUCAUCAUGGUUUUGCUUGUCAUUUGGAUUCAUGGGCUUAUUUCCUACCGAUCCUGUCAAAUCAGUAGUAUAUUUGGUCACUAGUUCGAUUGUUGACAAAAUUUUGGGCUGUAAAUAUGGGGAAACAAUUAGAGAUUCAUACAUAUAUCUGCCAUCAGACCCUACAGAACUUAUUUAUGUACUUGGACAAUGUAGCUCAGAAGACUUCAACUUGGCAUCAUGUCAAUGCGCUAUCCUAGUAAUAUUGUAUGCCUGUUCAUUCUACAAUGAAAGGUUGGUUGCUGACAGCCAACUUCUUUCUUCGGUUGAGCAAUACAUCCUUCUCAAUGGUGGGAAGUUCCACUAUGAAAUCACUGAUUCUGUGAUGCUUACUCUGCUGGUCCAUCUUUAUGCCUUCAUCAGAGGCAUUGCAUUUAGCUGUAGUACUCCAUAUAGUCCAGAAGCUGAGAAAACUCUGUUCCGUGUAAUGGCAUAUAAGGAGUGGGAUUUGCUUUCGAUCCGAGCCCAUCCAAUAGCACUAAAAUGGCUCUUCCAGAAGGGAGAACUUAUGAAACCAUUAUCUCUCCAGAUGCUAAAUUUCUGCAGAACUUUCUGUGAAGAUAAAACUAUUGUGCUUCCAAACAGCAGUCAUUCUGUGGACAUAAAGAUGGUUGCAGAACUGGUAUUUUCUGGAGAGACUGGCCUCUCGUCGUUGCUGGUUUCCUUACUGGAUCAGAUUAUAAAGGAUGGCACAGAAGAUGAGGUCUUCUCAGUGGUUUGUGUGAUUGCUGAAAUUAUAGUAAUCUCUCCUUGUUCUUCUGAUCAGUUUACAUCAUGUGGCGUUCUUGAUGCAGUUGGUAGUAUAUAUUGCUUGACAUAUUCCUCAAGGAUCAAAACAAUGUGUUCCUUUUUGAUCUUUAACAUCUUAUACUCAGCGAGUGCAAUGACAGUCUCCCGGGAAGAUGAAUGGCUUGCUCUUACCAUUAAGUUAUUGGAGUGUUUCACUUCUCUUGAUUAUGCAUCAACUGACCAAGAACAGAAGAUAUUGAUUGGGAUAUUUUGCCUUAUUUUGCAUCAUGCAGCAAGCAAGGCGCUUAUUGAGCCUGCAAAGGCCAUAAUCUUUAACAGAUCACUAGUUUCUUUGACGGAUGGUAUAAUACAGGAAGCUUGUGCAAAGGGCCCAUCUUUAUUUCAACACAAUCAGGAGACAGAUUUUGGGGGAUUCAUGAUUUUUAUACUUCACCUAGUGUUUUUCUCUCUAAGAAGUUUGCAUGCCAUCCUAGAUCCCAAUAUUGACUGGCAAGAAUUCCUGCAACAUUCAGAUAACAUCCAGUCUUUCUCUGUUGUUGGCACCCCGUGCCAUGAUUUGUGCCGUCUCAUGCACUUCGGUCCUUAUCCUAUUAAGCUUAUUGCUUCACAAUGUAUGUUGGAAUUGCUUACCAGGAUUUCAGAUCAGAGGAGCUAUCUUAAUGCUGAAUUAAGAUGCUCUGCAAAAUACAUGAAGUCCAUUAUUGCCGUGACAGAGGGUUUAAUCUUCAGCGAAGACAGUAGAGUUGCUGAAAAUUGCGGUUCCUGUCUCUCGAUGAUCUUAUGUUGGGAGAAAUUUGGAAGCCAGGAGAAUAUGGUGGUCAGAGAAUCAAAAUGGUCUAGGCUCAUAAUGGAGGAAUUUGCUGUUGCCUUGACUGCUCCUGGUUUGACUUCAAAAUCAUUCAGUAAUCAGCAGAAGAUUGCAGCAAAAAUAGCCGUGUCACUGCUUAAACUAAGCCAAGUACCAGAGUGGUUGACAUCAUUGUUUGAUAGUACCUUGAUAUCUGGUGUAGUUGCUAAUCUUUCUGCUAGGAAUGUCACUGCAGAUAUUGUUAAGCUAUUCAGUGAGCUUAUGGCUAGGGGUUUUCUCACUCAUGAGCAUAUUGUUGCUCUACAUAACUUGUUCCAGGUCUGCAGAAGACAACUUUACGAGGGAGGUUCGAGUUCGGAGUUGUCGGCGCAGAAGACUGAAGAAAAGGUGGCGAGAAGCUCCGAUGACGUCCGUGCGUUGCUGUUUGGCAUCGUGAUGGAUCAGGGUGCAGCCUCGUGCCCGUUGCAGAUGGAGCAGCAGAAGCUUCUGUGUGAGAUCGAUCUGUUCUUCCAGGAGUCGAGCCAGCAAGAGCAGCAUUAAGGCCCAGUAACUUGUUUCAGUUGUACAGCUGACCUCCCAGUAUAGUUUGCAGCAAUCAGGCAAUGUUCAUGUUAUCUGAAUACUUAGAAGUUCUGGAACUGUACGGCAGUCUGCGCAAAUCUGCAUGGAUCCAGCGUUGCAAUGCAGAAUGGGCGAGGGGCAGGCACACAGAAUCCGGGCCAAUCACUUGUACAGAGAGUAUGAAGUAUGCAAAUCUAAAACGAAAGAAUAAUGAUCGUUGUAACUGUUUA